AUGGCAGAAGGUAAUCAGGCUGCACUCCAAGUUGUUCACAUACCAGUUAACAUUCCACUGCCUACUAGAUUAGAUCUGAAAGGUGAUCUGUCUAGAAAUUUCAAGAAAUUCAAACGAAUGUGGGAAAAUUAUGAACUUGCUUCUCGCACUAAGACUGAUAGUGAGGAAUGUCAAUCGGCUACCCUAUUGACAUGUAUUGGUCCAGAUGUCUUAGACAUUGUAGAUGGAUUAGAAUUUGAAAAUGAAGCAGAUAGACGGAAGGUGGACAAAAUACUGGAAAAACUUGAACAUUAUUGUAUAGGGGAAACAAAUGAAACUUGGGAAAGAUACAAUUUCAACAGAAGGGACCAGGAACAAUCCGAGUCCAUUGAUCCUUAUGUUGCAGUAUUAAGAAAUCUUGCAAAGAGUUGCAACUAUGGGGAUUUAGCGGAGUCAUUGACCAGUGACAGGAUGGUAAUGGGCAUCUGCGAUAAUGCAACAAGAAAGAGAUUGUUACAAGCUUCAAAACUGUCUUUAAAGGACUGCAUAGAUAUUUGUAGGUCGCAUGAAAGUGCGACGAGACGUCUGAAAUCACUAUCGCAAGCUGAAGAUGUUCAGUUUGUAAGUCAAAGGAAACCCAACAAGUCACAGAAACCUAAUGCUAAGCAACAGAUCAAAACAUCUGAACUGCUCAAAUGUAAGUUCUGUGGAAAGAGGCAUGAGUUUCAAAAGAAAGAAUGUCCGGCAUGGGGUAAGACUUGUGCAAAAUGCAAAAAGAGAAAUCACUCUGCUGCUUUGUGUCCUGGAAAGAGCAAAGACAGGGUUCACAUGGUGGAUAGUGAUACUGAAGAUAGUGAGUCUGAAGAGUUUGUAAUGUCUGUAACUUCUGACUGUGUCAAUUCUGUACAAGUUGAUGAAAUGAACUUGGUCAAUCAGAAUUACCCCAAAAAGAUAUUUGCAACAUUGGUUGUGAAUAGAGAGGAAGUUGAAUUUCAACUUGACUGUGGGUCAACUGUUAACAUUCUGCCUUCUUCUGUGUAUACUCAAGUGUUCAGGGAUGACAACUUCAGUAAAUUGGACGCUAAUCUGAUUUCCACAAUGCGAAUGUAG